AUGAUGGGUUCUGCUGCUGCGGUGGCUGUUUUGUGCGGUACUCAAGAGGAUAGGGACUACAUCGUCCAAGAGCUCAACUCAGCUGAGAGAGGGCUCAAGGCUUGGGCUAAGGUGCCAAGCAAAAGCAGUGACAAGGGCGGUAAACCAGUAGUGUACGUAUCUGCGGAAUCUGAAACGGCCUUACUGCGGUUGGCUGAUGAUGCUCAUAUCCUGUCGAUGAUUUCUAGUAAAGAACUCCCGUCCAUAUCUAGUGGGAAGGAAAUGUGGCCACUGCCCAAGGCACAAGGUGCGUUGGUGCCGGUCCGUGAUGCUCCUCGUCCUGUUCAUCUGUCCUGGCUAGAGACCACCACUGCUGUCACCAAUGCGAUCUAUUCGAUAUGCGGCUUCGACUUGGAUGAUGCUGUAGAGGUGCAGAGCCUACCAGAGCCCUUCACUGAGCAUGAAGUGCGGACUGCCCUCUUGCCAGUGCGGGACUAUUUCAACUUUAUCAGCAUCAUCAUAUACUGGCUGGCCCCACCGAGCCUCUUCGCAGUCGUCCUCUGGGCUGUCGGGGAGACUGGAUCUAGUGUCGUGGACUCACCCUACGUGCCUUGGUAUGCCUUCUUCCUCCUGGUCUGGAGUGUGGCCCUGCCGUCUUGGCUUGAAUAUGGUGGAUGGACUACUCGAGCCACCGAUACUAUUGACAGCUGCUUCAACAAGGGUCAGCGCGAGGCCCAGAGAGCGAACCCUCAUUAUCAGGCCUACUCCCACAGGCGGUCUCCCGUCACUGGUGCCACUGAGAAGUAUUGUCCUGUUUGGCGUAGAGCCCUUGGUUUCGCCGUUUCCGCCUUAGUCACUGCCUUCAUGGUCCUCUGUGCCUUCUGUGUUGGUAUGUGUUCUCUCAAUCUUCAAGGCUACAUCCACGGACCUAACUCGACUCUUGCUGAAGGUCUCGAGUCUCAUUUUGUUUCACCGUUUUACAUACCGCAACUAGCCCACUUCGCUGAGCCUGGUCACAUCUUUGACCCGAAUUCCGACAGCGUGAUUCCGUGGAGCAUGCUGCCGGUCCUCAGUCACACGAUAGUUAUUCAGUUCAUGAAUCUAACAUAUCGCGACAUUGCGGCUUGGUUGACCAAGCUCGAGAACUGGCCACUGAUGGUCCAGUACCAGAAGUCCUUAGUUUUCAAGCGCUUUCUUUUUGAGGCUCUUGAUUGUUAUUCAGUCCUCUUCUAUGUCGGCUUGUACGAGUUGGAUAUCAUGAAAUUGCGCGGCGAACUGGUCUCCCUGUAUUAUGUUGAUACAUUCAGAAGAUUUGCGAUAGAAACUCUGAUACCAUUUAUUCACUUAUACCGCACCUUCGGCAGCGCUAAGGUGCCUCCAGCCACUAGCGCCGAUGAGCAGCUCCAUCGUGCUGAGGAGUUGGACGAGCAUGAGGUCUUUGACGACUACCUAGAGGUCGUCAUCACGUUCGGCUACGUCACCGUAUUCGGGGCCACAUCGAUGCCUCUGUGUUCCCUGGUCAGCCUUAUCGCUAUGGUCAUCGAGAGAUAUUCGGACGAGUUGAAACUCGGCUUGACUCGUCACUGUGGGCCUAUGUAUAGACCCUCCCAUCCCUUGGACCCGAGCCUGAACAGAUUAUGGUGCCAAAUUGUGGAAUUCAUGUGCUGGGCAGCAGUGUUCACGAAUUGCAUCUUGUUUGGUUUUGCCAGUGAUCAGAUGCCCGAGGUGUUUCCACAGUUCUUCCGAGGGGACACCGUCCUGGCCGGGUACGGUCGGUUCGUCGUUGCUUCGGUGUUCGGUGUGGAGCAUUUGAUAUUGGCAGUACAGUUGGUGUUGGUGUCCACCUUACCGAAGAUGCCCAGUUGGGUAAAACACGACCUCGAGAGGGAAGAUCUCCGUUCUAAGGAGCUGUUCUGGAGGCAGCAAUUCGAUGCCACCAGGCACCGCCACAAUGGAGUGAAACUCAUCCUUGGAAGUCGCGUUAUGGGGCAGACGGAACGGCGUUCCCAGGUCACUCGGAACACACCGCUCCGUUGCAAGACCAAGAUCACGCUCUUGACCAUGACGUGGACCCUGGGGAUUCAGGUCGCCACAGUGUACCGAUCUCGCAUCUCAAAGCCUAAAUUUCAGGAGCUUCCCAGACAGGCGAAGCGGUGCACAGUCGUCCACUCCUACAGGAAGGAGGAGCCGACAACGGUGGUGAAAAUCGACACAGGGGAACACAAGCCUGUUGACGGUGUGGGCGCGAAGGCUCAUGACCAUAAGCAUGAUAACGAGGAUGAUGAUGGAGACUACGAUGACGGGGACUAUGAUGACUACGACGAUGAUGGUCCUGACUAUGACGAUAUGGACCACAUGCUCAGCCCAGCUGCUGUGCAGCAGAGCUCGUUCGCCAUUGAUUCAGGAAGCACAGACUCAAUCGGCAAGGCAGGACGGAUGUGCGCUACGGGCGACCUUGGGCACACCUUGAUGGAAGGCUUGGUAGCAUUCGGCGUGGGUAUCGGGGUCUUUGCUACUGCAUGCGGAGGGAUUGCCCUUUACAUCAAGUCUAAGGUGGAGGAGGAACAACUGUAUGAGGUAACCUUAUACUGUCCCUAUGGAUUCUCCUCCACGUGGCGCCGAGAAACGGAAGACCAUACCGAGGUUCAUUACACCCAUCACAGCGCGCGAGUCCAACCAGAUGGGCAUGAGCCCCAGGAAAGCAAGAACCAAGCUAAAAGACGGAGGUCGCUGCGAGCUGGAGAGCUCAUGACUGACUACAUCGACAAGCUGUAUCAUAAGAACUGGCUCCUUGCAUGGUUGCUCGAGCUCAUCCAUCUGGAUAAUCUAGUUCGGCGAGUAUACAUUGAUAGGGCUAUUAAAAGCGGAACAAGCUAUAAGCAUCCUUACUUCCCACGCACGAAUAAUUUUUUCAACACACUUCGUGAGGGAGCAGGCACUACGGUUAUGCCAAGGUUGUCCAUAGUUGCGUCCUAUAGCAGGCUCAAGCUCUACGUAGAUAGCCCAUCACACGAACGGCUCAUGGGCUUUAUAACCAUCAUUCACUGCGUAUUCCUGGGGAUGCAGUUCAGUGCGCAAACGACCGACCACAGUGACGGCCUAUACAUUCUGAUAGCGUCGAUACUGUUCAUAUUCUCCAUCUUCGCUGUGGAGAUCAUCGGCCGUAUGGAAGUGUUUAACGGCGACGUGAUGGUGCAAGACCACUUCGGGAGCGUCUCUCGUGCCAUGCUCACCUUAUUCCAAGUCAUGACCCUCGACUCCUGGGCAGCAAUAGCAAGACCGAUGCAGGCCAAGGCGCCCAUAACUGUGACUGUUUUCUUCGUGGCUGUCAUAUUGUGUGUGGUGAUGGUUUUGAUGAACCUGAUAACCGCUGUGAUUGUCGAAAACGCUUUCUCUAUCGCAAAAGCUGAUGCUGAGGAGCAAGCUAAGAUACGUGAGCGGGAGAAGCAGAACGAUAUGAACAGCCUCGCUCAGUUGUUCAAUGACUUAGACGCUGACGGCAGUGGAGAGCUCUCAUUCGAUGAGUUCCAAGAGGCAGUACUGUACAACACGACUGUCCAGAACAAGCUUAAAGUCCUGGACCUCGAGCCGAGUGAAAUGGAGGAGCUGUGGACGAUCCUCGAUGUCAGUGGUGAUGGAAGCCUCUCUGUCGAGGAAUUUUCCAAUGGCCUCAGACGUGUGAAAUCAGCUAUACAGAGCAAAGACCUCAUGGAGAACGUCAAACGAGUUUCGGUUUUGAUGAAGAAAAUCAAAACUGCACGUGGCAAACUGGGCCUUGUUCAGACCAAAAUAGCAGACCUGGGGAAGCGUGUGUCGGGUACCCACGCAGUAGUCGGUAGAGUGAUCAACAAGGUCAACCGCUGCACUGAGACUAUCGAGGCUUGCCCACGGUGGAACGAGCUGCUCCCCUUGAGGGUCAAGCGCUCCUCAGAGGAGAGUGCCGAAGAUGAUGAAAGCUCUAUUCCGGAUGCCGGCACUCAAGACUAA